AGCAAUGCUGCCUUGAUGCCUGGUGGUCCUUGGGUGCUUAGCUGCAUGGAUUGUUUAUAUCGGGGCUGAUGGAGAACAGAGAAUGCUGGGACAAAGAAGCAGGAAAACCUCUCCAAGAGCCAGGCACAGAGGCUGAAGCCCAGAGUGACUCAACAUGUCCCAGUCAGGCGAUAAAAAGCUUCCUUCUGAGACGGCGGGCUACGUGGGAUUUGCCAACCUGCCUAACCAGGUGCACAGGAAGUCCGUCAAGAAGGGAUUUGAGUUCACCCUCAUGGUGGUUGGUGAAUCGGGCUUAGGAAAAUCCACCUUGAUUAACAGCCUGUUUUUGACUGAUCUCUAUCCAGAACGAUACAUUCCUGGAGCUGCAGAGAAAAUUGAGAGAACGGUUGAGAUUGAAGCUUCAACGGUGGAAAUUGAGGAGCGAGGAGUGAAGCUCCGGCUGACUGUGGUCGAUACCCCAGGCUAUGGAGAUGCCAUUAACAGUCAAGAUUGCUUCAAAACCAUCAUCCGCUACAUCGAUAAUCAGUUUGAACGGUACCUUCACGACGAGAGCGGGCUGAACAGGCGCCACAUUGUGGACAACCGUGUCCACUGCUGCUUUUAUUUCAUCUCCCCUUUUGGUCAUGGGUUGAAGCCCUUGGACGUGGAGUUCAUGAGAGCACUUCACAGCAAAGUGAACAUCGUGCCAGUGAUCGCCAAGGCAGACACCCUUACGCUGAAGGAGCGAGAGAGGCUGAAGCACAGGAUCCUGGAUGAAAUCUCUGAACAUGGCAUUCGAAUUUAUCAGUUGCCUGAUGCAGACUCUGAUGAAGAUGAGGAGUUCAAAGAGCAAACCAGAGUCCUGAAGGCCAGCAUACCAUUUGCUGUUAUCGGUUCUAACCAACUCAUUGAGGUCAAAGGAAAAAAGAUCCGAGGCCGCCUGUAUCCUUGGGGCGUGGUUGAGGUUGAGAAUCCAGAGCACAAUGAUUUCCUAAAGUUGCGGGCUAUGUUGGUGACACACAUGCAGGACCUGCAAGAAGUGACCCAGGAUCUGCAUUAUGAGAACUUCCGCUCGGAGAGGCUGAAACGUAGCGGCAGGCCGGAGGGGGAGGAGGUGGUCGACAAAGACCGGAUCCUUCAGCAGAAGGAGGCUGAGCUCCGAAGGAUGCAGGAGAUGAUUGCACAGAUGCAAGCCCAGAUGCGGAUGAAGCCUGGGGAGGAGUGAGAGCCUCCACGUGCAGCAGCACAAGAUACCGAUGAUGCUUCUGGAAAUGGCUUGGAGCUUUGUUGUACAUUAACAGCACUAGUCACCUACCGGACACACCACCUUACAGGAGCCCUGCUGGACGACGGCCAGGUCCUGCCUAUCUGCAAGGAAGAAACGGCCCAAUCGUUGUGAUACUUUAACCAAAAAAAGAAAGAAAUAUACUAAAGCAUAAACCUGUCCAGACUUCUUUCUCUGCCAUUUGCUAACUGUGGUCAUGCUUUCUCUAAUAGGGGCUUCUCAUUUCCUCCUUGUGUACACCUCUUUUCUAUGAAAUCCUGUGUCAGUAUUUUCCUAGGCUCAUGAUCUCAUCGAUAUGAAAUCAUAGGAAAAAAAACUCUCUCUCCCCGCACUGCUUGUACCAAAGGGAGAUGGACCACCUCGGGAAAGGGCCUUGGUUGUUUUCAACUAAAUAAUCCAUGACAGCCUGUCCCAGUUGAACAUGUUUGUUCCUGUCCUGUUUGAUUGUCUCUGUACCAUCAUAUGAGGUUUUCAUAAUUCCAUUUAUGAUAUUUUCCCACAAACUAAUUGACAAAUAAUAAUAAAAUAAUAAAAUGUGUAGAUGUCCAUGGAUGGGUGAUGUCCACCAUGUCCUUCUAAGAGGUCAUCUGUAGUUUCCUCCCAUCUGCCUCAUGACUGGUGCUGUGUCCUGCCUGGGGAGUCACUAGGCCCCUUCCCUCUCCCAAUCUUGUGACCCUGUGGUGCUGGGCAGUUUAACUCAGAACGCUGUAUCUAGUGCCUUAUGUGCAAACACCCCUGUGCCUUCAGCGACCCCUGUCCUGAGGGAGUCUUUCACAAGCCACAUCUUCUCACCCAGUGAGUGAGCCCCAGCGAGCAAGCUCUUUAAAGGAGAGGUGCUAUGGGAGCUGCUUGGAGGGGGAUGGCACUGAGCCCCCUUCCUGUACACAGCCCAGGGCCCCUCUCUCUCUCAGUUGGGUUCUAGGCCCACCUGCAGAGAAAGGACACCAUUGCGGGGACCUUGUCUGCUUAAACUGGACCAUUUGAAAACCUCCUUGUGGACCACACUCUAGUUUCCAGCCACAUUGUGUUUGUGAGUUAUGCUGACCUCCCCACUCCCAAGGGAACCUUCCUCUUAAUCAGUCACAUGCCUAUCAUCUCUAAUCUUAUCCAGUUUCCUCUUCCUCCCACUCUCCCCUGAGCCUGCUAAGGGAACCAGGAAACAAGGCAGUCUGUAAUGCAUAGGAAGGCCCAGACAGCCCCUGGGGCGGGCUUCCUGAGAGCACAUGCAGCCCCAGGUUGUUGGGGACCCUGCUCUGGCAUAUGGUCUGAGCUUAGGGCCACCCACUACUGGGCCUCUUGUCUCGCCAUCAUUUAGGUCUCUGCUCUAGGACCGUAUUUGAAUGAAUUCGUCCAAACUUAGCCUGCGGUACAUGCUGGUGCCAUGUGAAUGCCACGGUGCCCUGACCUCAAAAACUGCUGUGUAAUCUCACCUUCUGGGUUCUGUGACUUUGUGGAAUAUCCUUAAUCUUAUUAAAAAGUUCUUGUUUCA